UGCUGGAGGGAGACAACUGCGUGUUUGAUGGGAUGAUUUAUCGCAACGGGGAGACGUUCCAGCCCAGCUGCAAGUACCAGUGCACCUGCCGAGACGGACAGAUCGGCUGUCUGCCCCGCUGUAACCUGGACCUGCUGCUCCCCGGCCCCGACUGCCCUUUCCCCAGAAAAGUUGAAGUCCCUGGAGAGUGCUGUGAGAAGUGGAUCUGUGACCCUAAAGAUGAAGUGAUUUUGGGAGGUUUUGCUAUGGCUGCCUACAGACAAGAGGCCACAGUCGGGAUCGAUGUGUCAGAUUCAAGUGCCAAUUGUAUUGAGCAGACAACAGAAUGGAGUGCUUGUUCCAAAAGUUGCGGAAUGGGCUUUUCCACCCGUGUGACCAACAGAAAUCAACAGUGUGAGAUGGUGAAGCAGACACGGCUUUGCAUUAUAAGACCUUGUGAGAAUGAAGAGCCAUCGGAUAAGAAAGGGAAGAAAUGUAUCCGGACAAAGAAGUCCCUGAAAGCUGUUCGCUUUGAAUACAAGAACUGCACUAGUGUGCAGACAUACAAACCUCGUUACUGUGGCCUCUGCAGUGAUGGGCGAUGCUGUACCCCACACAACACCAAAACGAUUCAAGUUGAGUUCCGCUGUCCUCAGGGCAAAGUCCUAAAAAAGCCAAUGAUGUUGAUCAACACCUGUGUCUGUCAUAACAACUGUCCUCAGAGUAACAAUGCUUUCUUCCAGCUGUUAGAUCCGACGUCUAGUGAAGCAAAAAUAUGAAAAGCAUAAAUUAGGUAGUGCAAAAGGUAUAAAUAGUUUAUAUAAAACUUGACCCACAAUCAGGUGAAUGUAACAAUUGCAUAUGUAAAAUAUCUAAGAUGUUUUUCAAAACAGUCUAGGCGCUUUCCUUUUUCCUGUAGUUUAUUGAAUACCUCAUUUUACCUUUUCUUCCUCCAAAUGUCUUCUAUUCAUUUGAAGGAAAUUUUGUACCUUGGACAGAGCCUUCUUUUUUUCUUGAUGGUGGCAUAAAGAUUACAAAGCCAGCAGCUAGACUUUCUCCUUGAGUUAAGGGGAUCAUGCCAUGAGUUUCAGUAGCAGUAAGACUGGGCUCUUUAAGAGUAAAUGGAUUCCUUGGGGAAUGCACGAUACCGUAUCACAUAAGCUUCCAGAUUCUUAACUUCACUUUGCAUAAUGCAUAUAAACACUUAAGCAGUGUUCUUUUUCCAUUCUAAUGAACCUCUGUUUCUGAUGACAGUAAAAAUCUUACUGAUGAAAGCAUUGCGUUCUUGUGUCUUAUAAAAUACCUGCUAUCUAAACCUCCAGCUUUCUCUGAGAAUUAAGUUUGCGCAUAGCCCUUGAAAUGACAUAGCUAAGAUCUCUUAUCCUGAAGUGUAGCAGAUUGAUAGCUGUCAGCAAUUAAAUUUCUCUUUGGUAACUUCACUAGCAGUCUAAUCCAAAACACACUGAAGUCAGCAUCUUAGAGGAACUUGGCUCUAACCAAUGUGUGUCUGUAGAUAAAACUAUUUGGAUGCAAAAAUAAAAUUUCUGUACAUUCCUUUAAAAUACUAACUGUAUCAUAUGGUGCUUCAUUUCUUAGAAAGGUGUAUAUGUAAAUAGAAACUGUAUAUAUUGUAAUAUAAUUUUACUAAGUAAAUAAACUGUAUGUGAUUCCAAAU